AUGUUGAACAACAACAAUGGUUCAUUUGAAAACAUGGAACCUCAAACACCAACACCAACACCAGCUUCUUCUGAAACUUCUCAUACAACCAAACCAUUGGUUGAUAAUGUUGAUGAUUAUGAAUACAUCUAUGUAACAGAAGAACUUUCUGCUUGUUACACUACUGAAUGGGAUGCCAUGUUUGAAAGUGCUAGGGCACCUAUGUGUGAGGAUUUGUCAACCUAUUUUUUCAAUCCUCUUAAGCCACAAUUACCUUUGAAUGUUCUCAUACCAAGUGAGCCUCAAAACACUAGUGUUGGUGGUGACAACCUUGACUCAUGCAUAAUGGUUGUGGAUGAAUCUCACAACCAAAUUAUGGAUCCUGUUGAUACAGCAACAGCUGAUUCAUCUCUUAAGCCAAAGAAACGAGGCCGACCAAAGAAGUUUAAAUGUCUGAUAGUUCAAUCUGAUGUUGAUGCGGGCUCGUCGGUAGGGUUGCGAAAGGGAAAUCAACUCAAUGAAGCACCCAAGAAGAAACGUUUUCCCAAAUCUAAAUGA